CCUUGUUGAGGAGGAGGAGGAGGAAUAACAGAGGAUGAAGGACGAGGAGGUUGACCAUGUUCAGGCACUUCACGCUUGUCUUGACCUGGAUGAUGCUUCUUUCCACCCUUGAUAGGAAGAGGAGAUGGGCUAGGAUGGGCACCGAGAGGAGAUGGGUUACCAAGAGCAUGUUCACCAGCGGCAACUGGAACACCUUCAGCAUGUCCAACAGCGAUAAAGGACAAAAUACAGGCAGCAAUAACAGCGUUGAUCUUCAUUUUAUUGAUUUGAUUGAUUGAG